AUGGCCCGGCCCGUGCAGCUGGCCCCGGGCUCGCUGGCGCUGGUGCUGUGCCGGCUGGAGGCGCAGAAGGCCGCGCGGGGCGCGGAGGAGCCGGGCGGGCGCGCCGUGUUCCGCGCCUUCCGCCGCGCCAACGCGCGCUGCUUCUGGAACGCGCGGCUGGCGCGCGCCGCCUCGCGGCUGGCCUUCCAGGGCUGGCUGCGGCGCGGGGUGCUGCUGGUGCAGGCGCCCCCCGCCUGUCUGCAGGUGCUGCGGGACGCCUGGCGGCGCCGGGCGCUGCGCCCGCCGCGCGGCUUCUGCAUCAGGGCGGUGGGUGAUGUCUUUCCAGUGCAAAUGAAUCCAAUAGCUCAAUCUCAGUUUGUACCUUUGGCUGAAGUUCUUUGCUGUGCCAUAUCUGAUAUGAAUGUGGCUCAGACUGUGGUAACACAGGAAUCACUUUUGGAGCAUUUGAUGAAACAUUAUGCAGGCAUUGCAAUUCCAUCUCGAGAUAUUCUCUACACUACUCUGGGAACUCUGAUUAAAGAAAGGAAGAUUUAUCACACCGGAGAAGGAUACUUCAUAGUCACCCCUCAGACUUACUUCAUUACAAACACAACCACCCAGGAAAAUAAGAGAGUCUUCCUAUCAGAAGAAAGUCGCCCAAUGCCAACUUCCAUGACAUAUCUGGUGAGCGUGGAGAGCUGCACAGAGUCAACCCAAGAGAAUGCUGUCCCCAUUUCCCAUUGUCAGUCUUGUCGGUGUUGCCCUGACACAUGCACCCAGGAUGUUCAGGAACCACCAGGUGCCGCAGAAGUGACUAGAAAAGGCCAGAAACGUCUUGGGGAAUUCAAACCUUGGGCACAGAAUGGGGCAGUUUCAGCGUCUGAGGAGAAUCACGUCUGUGAGAGCACCAAACCUUUACUGUACACGAGAGACAGAGAAAAAAGCAAGAAGUUUGGUUUUAGUUUCUUGUGGCGUGGCAUAUCCAGAAAGGAAAAACCCAAAACAGAACACAGCAGUUUCUCUGCUCAGUUCCCACCUGAAGAAUGGCCUGUGCGAGAUGAGGAUAACUUGGACAAUAUCCCUCGAGAUGUUGAACAUGAGAUUAUCAAACGAAUUAACCCCAUUCUGACUGUUGACAACUUAACCAAACACACCGUCCUAAUGCAAAAAUAUGAAGAACAGAAAAAAUACAAUAGCCAGGGCACUUCCACUGAUAUGCUGACAAUCAGGCAUAACUAUCCUUCAAAAGAGGGAGUUAAGAAAAGGCAGGGUCGGUCUGCAAAGACUCGAGGGCGGGGCCGUUCUCAUAGGGAUAGACACAAAGCCAGGAAUCAGGGAAGUGAACUUCAGCCAGGAAGCAUUAAACUGGAAAAACACCCUAAGCUCCCUGCUACACAGCCCGCCCCUAGAACCAAAAGCCCUAAUGAAGCAGUAGUUCAGAAACCACUUGGUGAGAAUCUAGCAGUGCUAGGUUCCCAUUUGAUUUAUAAAAAGCGAAUCAGUAAUCCUUUCCAGGGUUUGUCUCACCGAAGAAGCCUAAUAACCAAAGGGCACAACAUUCACAAGACUAGUGAUCUAAAACUCACUCAGGCUGGACCAAAGGAAAAAUCUUUCCAAAGGUCAAGGUCUUUAGAUUCCUCAAGAACCUUUGAUGGUGAAGCCAGACAGCCAUAUGCUGAACAAUGUAAUGAUAAAUUUAAAGCAGAAUCCGUUUUUAUGAAUCGCUCUACUGUCAAACCCGUAAGUGAUGAUGACUUCAGAGAUCACCUCUUAAAUUACCCUCAACGUACUGUUUUCCAAAAUAAUGGUAAACGCUGUUCCUUUAGGGAAACCAUGUUGAGAUAUGAGGUGUGUGAUGGAGAAAAUGAGGUAAUCCCUGAAGUCUUGAGGGACUUUGACAAAUUAGGAGAGACCAAAGAAACACUAUAUAGCCUGUCAUCACAAGGUUCCUCGACUUUAGACCAAACAUCCUCUGCUUGCAGGUUAAUUGAUAAGACAAUACACCAGUUUCAAAAUCUUAGCCUUUUGGAUUACCCACUUGGUGUGAACCAUUUGAGACAACCUGAGAGACAAGACAGAGACUCAGAAGAAUUAAUGAGAAAGGCAUUUGUCCAGGAUGCAGAGACAGAGAGUCUAAAAAAUGAAGGGCUUUCUGAUGAAGACCAGGCCUUAUAUCAGAAUGAAGUGGAAGAUGAUGACGGUGCCUGCAGCUCAUUAUAUCUAGAGGAGGAUGACUUCUCUGAGAAUGAUGACUUAUCUCAAAUGCUGCCUGGCCACAUUCAGUAUUCCUUUACAGGUGAGAGCAAGGGGAAUCAUUUAGGAAAACAAAAAGUGACUGAGAGAUCUCUGACUGAGUACAAUAGCAAAAUGGAUAGGUUUGAGCCUCAGAUGCUUAAAAGAAAUGAAUGUUACAAACCUGCUAGGUUGCUCAGUAACCCAGGGGAAAGCCAAAAACCUAAUUUCUCUGCUGAAAGCUGUGGCCUAAAUUCAGGGACCCGAUUUGGUUUUAACUAUGAAGAAGAACCCAGUGUGGCUACAUGCGUCCCAGCCUCAGCAGCUGAUGGAAGUGUAUUUGAUUACCAUAGCACACGAAAAGCCAGUUCUGAAGCUGAACCCCUACAGGACUCUGUUGGUGACACAGAAAGGAAACCAGCUAGCUGGAAUCAGAGUCCUCAGAAUCAGGAAAUGAGAAAACAUCUCACUCAAAAGUUGGAACUUUUCAGCACUUCACAUAUACCAGUGUUGGCUCAGAAUAUCCAACAUGAACACAGUCACUUGGAAGGAACAGAAAAUCAUAGCAUGGCAGGAGAUAGCGGGAUAGAUUCUCCACGGACACAAAGUCUGACAUCCAAUAAUUCAGUCAUUUUGGAUGGGAUUGAAAAGAAGACAGAAUUUUCUGCAGAACUUUGAAGGCACAAAGAGCAGUCAAACACUCACAUCCAAUUCCUUAUUACAACUAACUCCAGUCAUUAAUGUUUAAUUUUCUUUUGGAAAAUUUUUUUUUGUAAAAAUGUACAGCAUUACUAUAGACUCUUUCAAUCAACUAUUAUAAGAAUCUUCAAAAGCUAAGUAUAAAUAUGCAAUUAACCUUACUACAUAGUUUGUUCUAAUUAUUGCCUUUUUUCCUUUUUUGGUAUUUUAAAGUUUUUUUUUUUUUUUUUUUUAAUGAAUGAGGCAAUUUAUUAACCCAGCAUCAUUUGUUCUAAUGCUUCUUGUUGGCAGCUGCCACCUGUCCGGCGAUUCUGUCCAGGGUAUUUUAAAGCUUUUUAAAGCUUAUUUUACUAUGAAUUUAUUGGGAAUAUGUAGAUUGUUUGCAAUAAAAAACAUGUAAUCAUUA